AUGGCCUCCGUCGCGCUUCUUCGGUCGCUCCGCCGCCGUGGACUCCACUUAGCUUCUGUCUCUGCCUUUCAAUUCAGUUCGACUUGCAGCGGCGGCGGGAGGACGACGGAGCUCCGGUUACAUGGAGUCAAAGAUAUCAUCGCCGUUGCGUCUGGUAAAGGCGGAGUCGGAAAGUCUUCCACAGCUGUUAACUUAGCUGUUGCAUUGGCCAACAAAUGUCAAUUGAAGAUUGGAUUACUUGAUGCUGAUGUAUAUGGACCAUCUGUUCCAAUCAUGAUGAACAUUAAUCAAAAGCCUGAAGUUAACCAAGAUAUGAAGAUGAUUCCAGUCGAGAACUAUGGAGUGAAAUGCAUGUCAAUGGGACUCCUUGUAGAAAAAGAUGCACCGAUUGUGUGGAGAGGUCCUAUGGUAAUGAGUGCUCUUGCCAAGAUGACAAGAGGAGUUGAUUGGGGAGAUCUCGAUGUUCUUGUCGUCGAUAUGCCUCCUGGAACCGGUGAUGCCCAAAUUACCAUAUCUCAAAAUCUGAAACUCUCAGGUGCUGUAAUUGUGUCAACUCCACAAGAUGUUGCGCUUGCUGAUGCUAAUCGAGGAAUCUCCAUGUUCGACAAAGUUAGAGUACCUAUAUUGGGACUUGUGGAGAACAUGAGUUGCUUCGUUUGUCCUCACUGCAACGAAGCUUCUUUCAUAUUUGGGAAAGAAGGAGCACGCCGUAUGGCUGCAAACAAGGGUUUGAAACUCAUCGGUGAGAUUCCACUGGAAAUGAAGAUCAGAGAAGGUUCUGAUGAAGGUGUUCCUGUGGUUGUGUCUUCACCUGGAUCUGUAGUGUCAAAAGCUUACGAAGAUCUAGCUCAAAACGUGGUGAACAGACUCAAGGAGCUAAGAGAUAAUCCAGAGAAUGAGAUUCAGAUGAAACUUAACGUUCCACAUUCUUAG